AUGGCCGUGUUGGUAGUUACAUGCGGAAAGUGCUGCUUUAGAUGGGAUUAACGAAAAUUAAAUCCGUAUGACACUAAGGGCCUUCGUGACAUACAAUACAGCGUGCAACACAAAGAUAACAACAAGAAAGCAAGGUGAAAUUGAAUAUGAAUGUGGCUCAAAAUAAAAUGGGCAGUGCUCUAGGGAGUACCCAUACAAGUGAAAUGAUUUAAACGAAAGAAAAAACCAAAACUAUACCUCUUUUAAAAAGUUUAAAUAAAAAAAUAAAAAACCUAACACAAAUUAAGCUCUAAGAUAAAAUAAAGUCUUCGACGAGAUUAAAAUAUUAACAAAGCUCUUUUUAAAAGGACAGUAAAAUUGCAGUGUUCUUAUAUAGACUAAACUGUUUAACAAAGACUGGCCCAACAUGUUCAGCCAACUUAUCGGUUCCCAAUUACAAGAUAUGCAUGCAACAUCUGUGGAACAAUCAUAUCUAUCAGACCAACAAAAGAAGACCAACAGUCUACCUCAUAUAAGGCACAAGACGGAAGUGGAUGCCAAGCAACACCGACGGUCGACCAGUAACCUCAGCGACGCAGGUGGCAAAUUUUUUUCUCAACUUAGUUCCAAAUAUUCCAGCCAGUUAAUCGAUAAAUUCAUCCGAAGCGAGCUCCUUAACAGCUCCUACGAUUCCCUGAAAUUUCAGAAGGGAAACAGUACUCCUCUUUACUCAAAUCUUCAGGUUCCGGCCCUGGGAGGCUUUGACUGUCUCCAGGGCAGUUAUCGCACCCAUGGCGAUGGUGAAAUCUACGAGGUCGUCCAGGUCAAACAGCCGGAAAGGAAAAGCAGUUACGAGGGGCAAGCAUUCAGCAAAGCAAUCCACCAUCGGAACCUAAAGGAACUCAGACCGCUGACAACGUUAAACACUCACACAUCUGAUGACUAUCCAGAGCAAAAGGCAAGCAUUGACAAAAACACGACCAACAAAUCCCAGUCAUUGUGUAUGCAAAGCAGCGGAAGCGGAUGUGAAAGUAAAUUUCAGCGUAGUACCUCUGGCUCGAGUUCCUCAGGCACUGCUAGCAGGGGCUGGACCUCAUUGACGGCAAUGCCAGCACCGGAAAGAUUUCAGCGACGUCGACUACUUCAGGUGAUCUCAGCCUACGACUUGCAGAACAAGCAACUGCAGCGUGAGCUAGCUAAGGAGAAGAGACGCCGCACCGAGGAGCUGGCUUGCGUGGUUAAGUCGCUUAUACUAUUUGAAGCAAAACUAAAGAACGACUUGAAGUCGGUCAACCAAAGGAUGUUGGACAGGGAUGCCGAGAUUUGCCGCCUGACCCGACUCACGCGCACCUUGCGCAGGCGGCUUAAGGACCAACAGCGCGAUAAGAGCAUGAUUGGCGAGCUGGGGUUGGAUCGCGAUAAGUGCCUAGUCCUAAAAGAACUGCAAUGCAAAAAUUGCCGAAAGCAAUUCUAUGAUAUUGAUAUAAGCACGAAAAGAGAGGAAUUUUCCGUGGGAGCCAAGGCUGAGCCUGACUCUUCUAGCGACGACACACUUUCAUCGUCUUUCUGCGGCGUCAGACGCAGCGUGCGAUACACCAGCAAGCGCACGGCGGGCACCUUCCAGGACUAUAUGCGCUCCCGGGCGAUGCAUAUUGAAAACCCAGCUUUGGAGCAGCAUUCGGAGGAAAACACAAGCAGUGUAAGCCUUGAGGACUCGCAGACGAGCUACGAGCAGCUACGCGACUACGUGCGGGACAUGGAUAUUAAGCUGCCGCUAGAUGUUGGUGAAUACGUCAAUCAAAGUGGCGAAGAGCAAGAAAAAGGAAAAACCCAAUGCAGCCCCUUGGUUACCGUUCAUCUUGAGGAAGAAGACGACAUCUUUUCUCCUGCGCAGAAAGGUGAUGACACCGACGACGAUCAAAAGCAGAAUAUGAUGUCGCAAGGAUGCAUUAAAAUAGUUCAACGUCGCUUUGCUGACUUUUCAGAAGCGUCUCCGAAACAGAUUUACGAAACGACUACCGACGACUGGUACGCCAGUGCUUCGGACCAAGAGGAGUCGUCGACAUUGGCAGCUAAGCCUUACGGCCGUGGAGCAGUGAAUCCCGUACUGGAAUGCGUUAACCAAAUCUUAAUCCAGCAGUCUAUGGAGGAAACGAUGGUUGACCUUGCGCCCAAGUCCUCUUUAGCAAGCCGAUACAUAUCGAAUUCCAAUUUGGCGCGAAGAAGCUCCUUGGGGGGACGGAACAUUUCAAAUGCACGUAAGCGUGUACACUUCUCCACCAAAAACAGCAUGGUACAUGUUCCACUCAACAACGACCAAGAGGCACAAGUGCGACGGCAGAUCCAGAUCUCAAGUUACCGUUCUAUGACCGCCGAUGUCACCACCGAAGCCCUUAGCUAUGGCAGCAUCUAUAGCAACGAGUAUGAGCCCAUUGGGUCGGAGCGCGCUUCUAAUCUCUAUGUUGACAUGGCAGCCACAUUUAUCGCCAAUAAUCGAGAAGAAAUAGCCAGUUCAGGCGUUUUAAAAACGUCGAUGAAGUCGCCCCCAGCUCUGCCGCCUAAGCCAGCAAAUCUAUUAAAAUUUCAGAAGUCGCCUCACCAGUUUGAGAAAGGACAGCAAAAGGACGAAAACGAUUGCGGAGCUUCUAUCACAACAUCCGAACCGGAUUACUGCUCCAUAUCGGAGGUCGGUAUAACCAGGAAUUGUGUGCAAAUCGUUGUUGAUGUGCACAAAGCGCAGGAAUCCAACUCGCCGCCGACAGUGGAGCCGAAGAUGUAUCUUGAGGAACAAGCGAUGCAAACGAAAAUUAAAUCUAUUGACAACCAUUCAGAUGAUAACCACUCGGAAAAGACUGAUGAAAUCGAGGAGAUUUUUGCCGACAUACCAAAGUUACCUAAUGUGGCUGCCAUCAUUGCGCCCAAGCAAUCAGACUCAGACGCUUUAAUGAUUGAACCCAAAGCCUCGUUGCGCCUUCAAAGGCCGGCUCAAAUACCACAGCAUUCGCAGUCCCUUUCCCUGUCGACCAUCCAAUAUAAACGAAAACAUGUGCCUAACAUCCUAGCCGAGAUCAAUAAGCGCAUCACAUUGCCUAACUCUCAAUCCACUAGCAAGAGCCUUCCUAAUACCCCUGAGUCAAAGUCAGUACCAACGGCAGUGACAAUUCCAUCUAGCGAGAUGUCUAUACAGGCGGAAUUCGAUUGGUACAAUUUAGAUGCAGAGUACGAUCGCAGUCAUCAAGAAGGAAAAAAUCCCAAUAUGCCCGCCACAGCUGAUGAAUACAACUUAGACGAGGAGUUUCAACAAGAAGAGUACUCGCAACAGGAUCAAAAAAUGGAGGAUAUAGCCAAUGCUCUUGACAAGUCACAUUUGGAGCCCGUUAAGGCAAAGCAGAUGGUUCUGAACCUGGCCAACUUCGAGAAGUUCAUCGAAGGCUCCGGACUAAGCACGAAACCCUUGCCCUAUAAACGUAAAACUUACCUUAAUGCACCAAUUGUUUGAUGAUAACCUUUAAAUUAUAAUAUGUUAACUUAUUGUAUUUGCCUUAUUAUUAAAUCUUGCA